AUGAGAUUCUCAACCACAUUGCUGCUUGCCUCUCUGACCCUGCUUGUCGACGCCCAAGCUGCUGCUGCGCCUGCCGCCGGUGCUGCUGCUCCAGCCGCCGCUCCCGCUGCUCCAGCAGCAAACAACCCAGGUGCCGGAGCUGCCCCAGCCAACGGAGCCAACAUUGCUCCUGCUCCUGCUCCCGCUCCUGCCGCGCCUGCCCCCGCCGCUCCUGCUGGAGCUAACGCGCCUGCCGCUAACCCCGCUGCUCCUGCCGCAAAUGCUCCAGGCGCCAAUGCCGGAGCUGCGAUUGUCAACGGAGACGGUGCUGCUGCUGCCCCAGCUGCACCGGGGGCCGCUGGCGCUGCUACACCCUCAUCCUCGUCUACUCUGGCCGCUGGAGCCAAGGCAACUCCAUCCUCAUCCUCGACUCUUGCUGCAGGAGCCGUAGCCACCCCUUCCACAUCGUCUACUACCCUGCCCGUAGGAGCUGCAGCUGCCGUACCCGCAGCAUCAUCAACAACUACCGGUACCUCAUCCACCACUAACGCUGACGGACUCGGCGAUGUCCCUGGCCUCGCUUCCACAUCCACCACCGCUGUGCCUCCUGCAGCAAACAUUGCCCCUCAUGGUGGUCUUGGAGGAGGUCCUGGAGGAGUCAUUCCCACAACAGUGGUGUCUACACCCGUUUGGGUGACCGGCACUCUGCCUAACGGCCAGAAGGCCACCACCGAGUCUCUAUACACCCAAAAAUUCACUUCAAUGUACGAGACGACAGGCACAUGGUCGAGUGGCUCUGUGGGACUAGGUUCGCUGUCUUCCAAGGGCACUAUUGGAGUCGAGCGACCACCCAUGUAUAUCACCGUCGCCACCGCCGCCACCAGCAAAUAG